GCAGUUUGGAUGAUCUAGUUCAGUAUGUUGGACUAUAUGUACGGAACCCCCUUGUAUUGAGUGGUCUUAUACUGCCGUUUGUCCCGUUGUAUUUUGGAGCAUUUUAUUUAUGGAUUGCAGUAUACGGUAUCGAGGAGCACUAUGAAGCCGGUUUAGUUUCUAUAGCGGCUAUUGCAUUUGUUCAUAUACUGACAUUGUUGUGUUGUUAUUGGAGCGUACAUGUCUUAGCAUUCCUAAAUUGUCGUAAGGUCAAAGUACCGAAAGCUGGAGUUCUGGUUAAAGUUGUACCCACACCCAAUAACGGCUCGUCUGAGUUUGUGCCCAUAAAGAGCGCCAAGUAUGAAGAUGGUCGCGAGGUGUUCUACUUUUACUUCCAAAAAACCAAGUAUGUCUGGGACGAAGAUAAGGCCACAUUCCGAGGAAUAGAGUUUCCCGUUAACGAACUGCUGAGUCACUAUGCCAAGUCACGUGGCCUAGAGACAGAUUCAUCCAUAACAUUGGCCGAACAAACCUAUGGGAUAAAUAACAUGGAAAUGGUAGUGCCGGAAUUCUUCGACCUCUUCAUUGAACGAGCAACAGCACCGUUCUUCGUAUUUCAAAUAUUUUCUGUGGGUCUGUGGUGUUUAGAUGAAUACUGGUACUACUCCCUUUUUACGUUGUUCAUGUUGAUUGUUUUUGAAUGUACUCUGGUCCAGCAACAAUUGCGUAAUAUGUCCGAAAUCCGUAGAAUGGGUAAUAAACCGUAUAUACUGAAUGUGUACCGAAACAACAAGUGGAAACUGUUGCCAUCGAAUCAUCUGCUUCCUGGUGAUUUAGUGUCCAUAACACGUUCUCAAAAUGACAAUUUAGUACCUUGCGAUUUGGUGUUGUUGCGCGGAAGUUGCAUAGUAGACGAAAGUAUGCUAACGGGCGAAUCUGUACCUCAAAUGAAGGAAUCAUUAGAGUCUCUUGACAACUUAAAUAUAGAACUCGAUGUUGAAGGCGAUGGUAAAUUAUUUGUGCUGUUUGGUGGCACUAAGGUCGUACAGCAUACUGCACCGACAAAGGACGCAAUGCGAGCUCCUGAUGGCGGUUGCAUUGGCUAUGUAAUACGCAAUGGCUUCAGCACAUCCCAAGGAAAGCUUUUACGCACAAUUCUGUUUGGAGUUAAACGUGUAACGGAGAACAACUUAGAAACAUUCGCAUUUAUCGUUUUUCUCAUGAUAUUCGCCAUAGCUGCAGCAGCAUAUGUAUGGAUUAAAGGCAGCGAAGACCCGGAAAGAAAUCGUUACAAACUGUUUUUGGAAUGUACCCUCAUUUUGACAUCCAUUAUUCCGCCUGAUCUACCAAUCGAAUUAACUUUGGCUGUCAAUACGUCCUUAAUGCAACUGUCCAAAUUGUUUGUAUUCUGCACCGAACCAUUCCGUAUUCCAUUUGCUGGCAAAGUCCAAAUUUGCUGUUUUGACAAAACGGGAACAUUAACCUCCGACAACUUGAUGGUAGAAGGAGUUGCAGGACUCAACGACGAUGGUGCAAUUGUCCCCAUGGACAAAGCUGAAGACAUUACAAUACAAGUCUUGGCCACAUGCCAUUCGCUAGUGAUGUUGGACGAUGGACUGGUUGGGGAUCCACUAGAAAAGGCAACGUUGACAGCGGUGGAUUGGAAUUUGACCAAACAGGAAAGUGUAAUUCCUAAACGUGGAAAACUGAAGCCUUUGCGUAUCUAUCAACGCUUCUAUUUUUCAUCUGCUCUUAAACGUAUGUCCGUGCUGGCAGGUCAUUUGGGACAAUUUAGUAAUGAUGUCCAUUAUAUUGGUACAGUAAAGGGAGCACCAGAAGUGUUGAUGAAAAUGCUUAAGGAAGUGCCUAAAAACUAUGAAAAGACUUUCUUGGAAUAUUCCCGUCGUGGAGCUCGAGUCUUGGCUUUGGGCAUAAAGGAUUUUGGCGCACUAAGUGCACAGCAAGUUCGUGAACUUAAGCGGGAAGAUGUUGAAAGUGAUUUGACAUUUGCUGGCUUUGUCAUCAUCUCGUGUCCCAUGAAACCGGACUCUAAGAGUGUCAUUAAGGAACUUAUUCAAGCAUCGCACAAAGUCGUUAUGAUUACUGGCGACAAUCCUUUAACUGCAUGUCAUGUGGCCAAGGAGUUGGGUUUCACUCGCAAGCAACUUCUGAUUUUAACACAAUCUACGAAACAACGGGGUACUUGGCAAUGGGAAUCCAUUGACGGCGAAACCGUGUUAGAGUUAUCGGGUGAUUUGAAGGCGACAUUAGCAGAACAUGAUUUAUGCAUAACGGGCGAAGGACUACAGUACUUGAAGGACUUUGAAUACAAAAAAAUGUUGAAAAUACUACCACGCAUUACGGUAUGCGCUCGCUUUGCGCCAAAACAAAAAGAAUAUGUAAUAACCACUUUGAAACAACUGGGCUUCUGUACUCUUAUGUGUGGUGAUGGCACAAACGACGUGGGCGCCCUUAAGCAUGCCAAUGUUGGUGUCUCCUUACUUAGUAAUGCUCCUGUUAAGAAGAGUUCUUCAUCGCCAUCUGCCAUUGCUGCAGCACCCAACGCCGCUGCAGAGAACUCCAAUGUUGUUGCAUCAAACAGUCAAAGGACAGCAGGUCGCAAUGCUGCUAUUGAAAGGGCAGGUGCCCGCCAGAACAAUCAACAAGCUCUUUCGCCCAGAGAUCGUGCACUGCAACAAAGACGUGAGCAGUUGGCACAAACACAAGCACGAUUGCAAUCUGUACUGCGCGAAAUAGACGAGGAUCAAGUAUCAGUUGUAAAAUUAGGAGAUGCUAGUAUAGCUGCACCUUUUACUAGUAAAUCAUCUUCUAUAAUGUGUGUUAACCAUAUCAUAAAGCAGGGUAGGUGUACAUUGGUCACCACUUUACAAAUGUUUAAGAUUUUAGCCCUGAAUGCGCUCAUAUCAGCCUAUUGCCAAUCUGUACUAUAUAUCGAUGGUGUGAAAUUCAGUGACACGCAGGCUACAUUGCAGGGACUUUUCAUUGCUGCGUGUUUCCUUUUUAUUACAAGAUCUAAGCCUUUAAAAACAUUGUCCAGGACGGCACCAUUACCAAACAUUUUCAACUUAUACACCGUCUCCACUAUAUUGUGCCAAUUUGCAGUUCACUUUACAGCAUUAUAUUAUCUGACCCAAGAGGCAACUGCUAGAGCACCACCAAGAGAGGGUAAAGUGAAACUUUACAUUGAUAUGGAUGUUGAAGAAAAGCAAAAGUUCGAGCCAAACAUUAUUAACAGUACCGUGUACAUAAUAUGUUUGGCCUUGCAAGUUUCAACAUUUGCGGUUAAUUACAAGGGCCAUCCGUUUAUGGAGAGUUUACGAGAGAAUCGCUUGUUACUCUACUCCAUUCUAAUAUCGACUGGCUUAGUUUUUAUGUUAGCCUUGGGUUUAUCGCCUGAGCUAACAAAUACUUUUGAAAUCGUUGAUUUCCCCAGCGAGUUCCGACAAAUAUUGUUAUAUGUGCUGUUAGCAGAUACAAUUGUUGCGUAUGUGCUCGACAGAGUUUGUUCAUUCCUCUUCGGCGAGACUAGAAGAAAAUCAAGUAUAUUGAAUUCAUGAAUAGCAAUUCAAUCCAAAGAAUUUACCUUACCCCAAUCAAAUGGUCAA